UGUCCUACCAUGUGAGGUCCGCAUCAAUAAGAAAUGUCAUAACCUCGCUGUGAAGUGACAUUCUCGAUUGUGCUUCUUUCAGUCAUCAUCUUCAGAUGACAUCAGAGCAUUAAACUCACUAAACAAGUGUCAGAAAAUAGUGUUUAGUCAACACAAGUCCACUUCUGCUGUUGUCUCCAGGUGAAACUUACCCGCUGUCCAGAUGCUCUCCUCAGGCAGGACAGCGUCCUCCCGCCUCUGCUGGCCGCUGCCGAGGCCCCCUCUCUGGUUGAGCUCCGAGCAGAGAGCCGCCAGCACUCUCCAGAAAGAGCUGAUAAAGAAACGUGACCUGGAGAAAGAUGAGCUCCGCCCCCUCUACAUGGACUUCCAGGCAACGACGCCCAUGGAUCCUCGGGUGCUGGAUGCCAUGUUGCCCUACCAGGUGAAUUACUAUGGCAACCCUCACUCCAGAACGCAUGCGUACGGUUGGGAGAGCGAGAGCGCCAUGGAGACUGCCCGGAAGCAGGUGGCCGAUGUGAUUGGAGCAGACCCCCGAGAGAUCAUCUUCACCAGCGGCGCCACGGAGUCCAACAACAUGGCCAUCAAGGGUGUAGCCAGGUUCUAUCAGGCCAAGAAGCGACAUGUGAUCACCACACAGACAGAACACAAAUGUGUCCUGGACUCCUGCCGCAUUCUGGAGGCGGAGGGAUUCCGUGUCACGUACAUGCCAGUUCAGAAGAACGGACUGGUGGACCUUGAGCUGCUGGAGGCAUCCCUAACUCCUGAUACCUCCCUGGUGUCCAUGAUGACCGUCAACAAUGAGAUCGGAGUGAUGCAGCCUGUUAAAGAAAUAGGUCAGCUGUGUCGGUCCAAGGGAGUGUUCUUCCACACAGAUGCGGCACAGGCUGUUGGAAAGGUUCCCGUCAACGUGGCAGACUCCAAGAUUGACCUGAUGUCCAUCAGCGGCCACAAGAUUUACGGACCCAAAGGCGUGGGUGCACUGUACGUGAGACGGCGGCCUCGGGUGCGACUGGAGCCCCUACAGAACGGUGGUGGCCAGGAGAGAGGGCUGCGUUCUGGCACAGUCCCCACUCCCCUGGCUGUCGGCCUGGGAGCCGCCUGUAGCAUUGCCCAGCAGGAGAUGGAGUAUGAUCAUGAAAGAGUGUCCAUUCUGUCGAAUCGCCUGGUCCAGAAGAUCAUGUCUGAAAUCCCUGAUGUCAUCUUAAAUGGAGACCCAGAACAACGUUACCCUGGCUGCGUGAACUUGUCGUUUGCCUACGUGGAGGGAGAGAGUCUGUUGAUGGCGUUAAAGGACGUGGCGUUGUCAUCUGGAAGUGCGUGUACGUCAGCCUCUCUUGAGCCGUCGUACGUGCUCAGAGCGAUCGGAGCUGAUGAAGAUCUGGCCCACUCUUCCAUCAGGUUUGGGAUUGGUCGCUUCACCACAGAGGAGGAGGUAGACUACACUGCAGACAAAUGCAUCCAGCAGGUUCAAAGACUCAGAGAGAUGAGUCCUCUAUGGGAGAUGGUGCAGGAAGGCAUCGAUCUGAAGAGCAUCAAGUGGACGCAGCACUAGACCCCUCCCACUUUCUGCUCCACUUCCUGGUUGACAAAUGGGAUUUCUUGAAAUUGACUUUUUUUCCUCUCUUUUGCCGUACAUAAACACGCACAAACAUCCUUUCAGGCGGCUCUUUAAAGAAAAAAAGAAAAACUCUGUCAUCUUUAUCACAAUUGAAGUUUACAAAAACUCACACGCUUUGGGAUUGAUACUAUGAGUACCAAAACUGUUGAAUGCAAGAACAAUGUAGUGUUUUUAUUAGCCAGUCACCAAUAUUAGAUAGUGUUAUUUUUACAUCAAUGAGCUUUAUAUUUGUGCAGCCAUAAAGUCACUCCUCUGAGUGUGAUGUCCAA